AUGGCCGCUGAGCUUCUCCGCUCGGGCCUUCCUUAUUCAUGGACUUACGGUGUUACUGCCGAUGGAAGGAUAUUCUUUAUUGACGAUGAGAAUCGCCGGACAACUUGGCUGCAUCCACGGGAUCGCGAGCCCGUUCAAACUGGAUACAGACCCCUUCGAGACCUCCCUCAGGGCUGGGAGCAAGGAGUUACACCAGAAGGGGCCUUAUAUUAUGUCGAUCAUAAUACACAUUCCACCACAUUCGUUCAUCCCAUCACCAAGGAAACAGUAGCUGCUGAUGUAAACCUCGGGUCAAAUGAGGCCCCUAGUCUACAAAGGCCUGCUGACAAGUCCAUAGCUCAUUCACCACAGUCGCCAUACCAUCCAGAAGAAUCACCGUCUCCCUCAUCACCAAUGGACUCAAAACGAAAUACUCUGAAGAAAUCGCCAUCAGGAAAAACAAGGAUUGUGGACCGCCAUCCGUCUGUCAAGGGUAACAGGAACAACAAGGCCGCGAUCACCAUGAGGGGCUGGCUCUUGAAACAGGAUCAUACCGGGCCACUGAGGAACUGGAAGCAGCGAUGGUGUGUCCUUGCAGACUUCUGUUUAUUUUUUUAUAAAGACAACACAGAGACCCAAGCAAUUGGUUCCAUUCUUCUUCCAAGUUAUAAAGUAAACACCUGUGAUAAAGAUGAUGGUAUCAAUAAAAAGUUUGCCUUUAAGGUCGAACAUGAAAAUAUGCAAACGUAUUUCUUUUCUGCUGAUACUCGUGAUGACAUGCAAAAAUGGCUGAAUGCUCUGAGCCUUGCGACGAUAUUACAGAGGGAUCCAAGCGUGGACCAGGGACCCCCACGUUUACCGAACGGGCCAACUGCUGACAAGUUUAUCAACCACCCGGCAAAACAGGUGGACGAGAAUGAUAAUUCUGUGAUCAGCGGUAAUGACCUCGACGACUACGGAUUUCCCGAACGCUAUCCUCAGCGACGGACUAUGCAGGAAGGGCCAACUCGUAGUGAUGGUUAUCCCGAUAGGGGGCGGGGCAAUCCAAAUGCUGGAUACGGGCGUGAUAGUGGUGCGUUUGAUGCAAAUAGAGAUGAUGAUUAUAGAUAUAAUGCAGGUUAUGAUGACAGAGCGCGCUAUGAUCCUGAAGGUCAAGGUUAUUCGUAUCAGGGCGAUCCUAAUAUGCGUGAUUCGUACAGUGAACGUGUGCCAUAUCGGAGACAAGAUAGUGACGUGUCAAACCAGAGGGGUCGUGAUUCUUAUAGUGAUAGGGGAGAUGUUUACGAACCAGGUAGUGAACUUCGGAGUAAAGGACAUGGGGACCCAAGUUAUGGAGGUCCGAGGUUAGGAGGGCCCCAGGCAAGUGGGCCAAGUCAUGAUUCUUAUGGUAACAGGACAGCUAAUAUUCCGGACCGGACGUUUGAACCAAUUGCUGGUACCUCUCAGCCCAAGGGAUAUGGUAGUUUGAACAGGUCACCUCAGAGGCCUGAACAGAACCCGCACUAUGAUGUAAAAAGGCCUGGCGAUCGAGACUCGUACAUGGAUUAUCGUGAUCCGCGCUGGCCUGAUAGUGAGGGAGUUCCGCUAAGGGAACCCCACGUGCCUAAAUAUAAACAGGGUUAUGACGAUCGCGGGUAUAAUGGCGGAGGUGGGGCCUCCAAUGGGCAGGAUCGUGGCUAUGAUAGCAGACUACAGUAUAACGAUCGUGGUCCGGGAACUGUGGGUCAGACUCUCAAAGUACCAUCUAUGCAACUAAGAAUAACUGAUCAAGGUGAUAACCAACGACAAUCACUUGUUGGGGACGGGGACGGUAGCGAUAGUGUUUUUACAGAUCGGUCCGAUCAGAAGAAAAUCGUGCCUACCAAAGCAGAGACGGUGCAAUCGUUACAAAGAUGGCAUCAGAAUGAAUCGGGUCGGCAAGAUCUCGGGCCGCGGCGACCAGAUUCUCAAGCGCAAAGUUACGAUGGUGCUAGGUAUGAUACCGAUAGACAAUACAGACGAGACUCUGAUAUUGGGGCCUACAAUCCACAAAAUCUGAGCCAAGAAUCGCGAGAGCCGGAUCGUGGGAGCGGUUAUGAUCCGAGGGGAAAUCGUGAAAUAAACGGCCGCAAGCCGCAGAAUCCGUCCAAUCAGAAUGCAGUCCAAACUUCGCCAAAACGACAUCACGAUCUCAGCCUUGAUGCACGGUCGGAUCAUAUCUAUGAAAACAUAUCACCUUACGAAGCCGGGGGUCAUAACGCCAGCGACGAAUCCGUAACGACCCCAAACCGUCCACCUCUUCCGGUUGUCUACCGGGAUCAGAUAAUACGAGAACUUGCUCAAACCCAGACGCCGCAUACGCAGCAGGAUUUCAUCGAUGCGGCAGAGAACGAGUCCAAGCGCUACCAUCAGCCGACGUAUUUCCAGUUUCCCGAAUCGCCACCUUCUGGUCAAAAGGAUGCCCCCGAUUCUAACUAUGAAGCCAAACAGAUGGUUGAAAAUCUUGAGGGGCGACCAUACGAACCAGAUGACGCCAGCAUCCAGGGACAGAGGCAAAAUAACGGGCGGAAUGAUAACGCGGAUAAGCGAAUUCCUCCUCCAAAGAAAAAAGGGAAAAAAGGUUCCCAAAGCUCCCAGAGAAGUACCGACUACCCACACCCCCAGAGGAGUAAUGACAACCCACAAAGUUUCACCAACCCCCCAAGCUUCACCAACGAUGGUGGACGAUACGACUCCCUUGGCCGCGGUGCUAAGCCUCAGUUCCGUCCAGCCGGGGAGCCCAUCCAGACCAUUAAGGAGGACCCAAAUAUGGCCGAUACUGACGUAUUCGAGACAAAAUACCGGAGCCUUCGCAAGACGUACAGUGUGACGCCGCUGAAUGGCCACAAAUUGCGGCUGAGUAUCCAACCAGGAGAUCUGGAAGGCAAGUCCCAUGAGGAGCUGGUACUUUUGUUGAUACAACUGCGACGAGAACAGUCGAAGCUCGAGAGGAAUCGGGACACGUAUAGGAAGCUGGUUGAGCAGAGGAGGGAGAAGGAACGCAAUUAUAAAUCACUGUGGAAGUCCGGUGCGAGGACAGACGACGUCAUGGAUGACGAACACGAACAGUUCAAGCAGAUCAAACUGAAGCUUGAGAACCUCGAGAAUCACGUCGAGGUUCACAGGCCCCUCGUCAACCUCGUCGACAAUAUGGUCAAGAUGGGUAGUCUUUAUACGGGGUCGACGGACAUGCUCUUCUCACAGUACAAAAAGCAUUUACUCUCCCCGGACGAAGUCACCCCGCCCAAACGAAUGCUGGAGUUCUCCCGCCAGCUUCAAGAAGACAAGUUAGUGAACGACCACAAGGAGGAUUUGAAGAAUCUCAAACAGGAGGAUAUCGACUAUGAGGAGAAGAUGGUCCAGCUCCAUCAGCUCGAUCGAGAACUCCAGGAGUUGUCUAUAAUGGUUACGAGUUUGCAGGAUGACAAGAAAAUGCUCGACCAGGCAAUGAGGGAGGUCGAACGAGAUCAAGAUCGGUACAAAGAUGACCCACGCGAGAUGGAGCGUCUGACACAAGAACAUCGCGUUCUUGAGAGACAGCUCUCUAACUGUGUGCAUCAGUUGGCUGAACACUCGAGGGUUCUUGAGGAAGUGACAGCGGAAAACUCCAAAGUGGAGAUGGAGGUGACCUUGUUGAGGUCGAAGGUGCAUGACAUUUCAAAGAGUUCCAGUAUGCCGACACUGUCAAGCGAGUCGUAUCGAACGAAAGUCAAACUUGAGAACGAGCUGAACAAAGUCCAGGACAUCAUGGACGGAUUAUCCAAACAAGGCCAGGAGCUCUCCGAUGCAAUGAACACACUCAGGAAGUCCAACCCCGAUCUGACGGCUUCUGGUUCCACGUCGGAUCGCCCCGGGACGUACUUUGAGACGGAUUUAGAUAAUAUGAAAUCCCGGGACAUUGCAUUGCGGACGCCGACACCUACCACGGGUAUCAGGAGAUCCUAUUCGGAGAGAGAUUCGUACUCCGCAAGGGGAUCACGCGACGACCUUCACCGAAGUGAUACGGAAGACCAAGAUAUGACAGAUGCUGAUGAUAAUACAAAACGAUAUUACGGAUUUCUACCAAAAGAUAAGAAAGCGACAACCGUGCGAGAUGUGAAGAGAGAAUCAGAAAGAAGAAGCCGGGGCCGGGAUCCAAGUCCACGGUUCUCGGGCUCGCCGCUGAAUAGGACUCAGUCGUUACCUCGGCAUUUAGACGGACGUGUUGAACAAGAAACCAUACAACAACAACAAAUGUCUCCAAAUUAUUCAUCGCCACCGACGUCUGCUUUUGAUAGAAACGGCCCGGGGUCAACUCAGGCCUUGCCCACCAGAGGGAGUCAGGGAACUGGAAACUUGUCAUCACAACCAUUGUCAUCACAACCGUCAUCAUCACCUUUUGCUCCCAAUAUGCCAGGAUCGACUUCUACUUUGCCCACAAGGGGGAGCCAGAAUCCAUCUGACCCGGAUGUUUUGAGGCAGACGGCCGCAGCUUUGAGUCGACAGCAAAGUCUCACCCGGCUGCCGCAGCCUAUGCAGCGGAAGCAAAUGUCGGCCAGCUACGACGCACUGGACCAGCAAAUAUCUCCUAAAAUUCAGAAACCCAUGUCAGCCUCGCAUGAGAUAUUGAAUCGGCCGGAAAUACCCGAACGAAGAUAUGAGCCAAUCAGGACAGUCUCAACCUCUGAUAUACAACCUCGGUUGUCACAAGAAAAUAUUGAUUUUGCACAGCACCGCAACCCAGAUGCUUCCAGACGGGCAUAUCCAGAUGUAACAAGGCAACAGUAUUCAAAGCAGACUGAUCCUUACCCAGAUGUUGGGAAGCAACCAGAAUAUCGGGAUGUUGCUAAGCAACCGGGAUAUCCAGAUGUUUCUAGGCAACCUGAGAAUGUGCCUCAUGUGCCUCCAAGAUACCCAGAUGCGGCAAGGCCAUCUGGUUAUCAUGGUGACUCUCAACCAAAACCAGGUUACCCGAAAGACGUCAGACAGCCCAUCAAAUCAAAACCUUGGGAACCAAAGCUUUCAGGAAACAAUGCAUCUUUGUCUUACAGUCCUCCAGACGCUACACGAAAUGGCCAUCCAUAUGAGCCAGCCUCUGAACCAAUCUCCCAGGCCCACCCAGUUGGCUAUGGAUCAGUAGAUCGCAAAGCAAAUGGUUACGGUUCAUUGGACAGACAUCCACAAAGACAGCAGGUGCCGAGAUCACCAGAAACCGAUAUCAAACGGCCAUUUGAUCCUAUCGAACCUGAGCAAGCAUCGUAUCAACAAUCAGCAAGACCGCUAGAGCCACCUAGGGGACAAUAUGAAGACUCUGCAUUGUCUGAUAGGUAUCGAGAACCUCCUCGGACGAGUAAACGCAACGAAGAACCAGUAAGGCCGGGAUACCUUGAAUCGAAGUCUAAACAAUAUCCAGAUGUUAUAGAUAGAUCACCUUCGCCAAAAAGUUUUCAAAAAUAUCCUUCUGCACAUGAGCACACCCCUCAUGGUUCCAGGACUGAUUCGCCAAGAGCUUACCCCUUAGGUGCACCGAGAGAUCAGCAGGCCAACCGCCAGGAAGAUAGGUAUCCACAGGAGGACAAACCCAAGGAAUACGGACAGCCACCACGGGGCAACGGCCAGCCACAGUUUGGAGUGAGCCAAAAACCAGACUCAUUUACACCACAUCAACCUGGUUCCCAACAAUAUGAAAGGUAUAGACCUAGAGACCAGGUUGAGCCUCCAUAUCACGAGGAAAGACGUCAUUCCCCGUCCACCAACCUUUAUCGGCAAGUUUCUGUCAAUAAUUCCUCGUCGUCUGGCCGGGAGUCUGUUCCAGACUCGGCGCAGUUGAGAAGGUCAGCGACUCUACCUGUUGGAAGGGCAUCGAACAAGAAAAACGAAUGGUCACCAACAGUUACCGAUCGCCUCUUCCCUCGUAAUCGGGACUCCACUACCUCACAAAGUCCGAGAUCAAGUGCUCACGGAACACCUCAGAGAAUGCAUAGCCCGCUGAACCAUGGAAGGCAGAGUAGCCCCCGGUCAUCCGCACAAAAUUCCCGGCCAAAUCAAGUGCAUCUUCCUUACAGUCGAUCAGAUGAGCCGAUUCAGAAGCAGACGUCUCUUCCGUACAGCCGAACUGGGGAACCGAUCCAACAAAAACAAUCUAAACUUCCUUACAGCCAAUCAGAAGAACCUGUCCGACCGUCGAAAGUUGCGCCGAAUCUGCGGGUACCGGAUGAACCAAAACGUGACACAAGGGGGCGCUAUCAGACGAUAGCCAGUAGCGUGCCAGCGCAGAUGGAGUAUUCCGUUGAGGAGAGCGAGCCGGAACAAAACGGAAAGUCUAAUGAUGAUGACAUGGAUGAUGCUGAGAUGUUCCGCCGGGCCAAGAAGUCGGGCCGACAGUAUUCUUUUGAUGAUUCGACAAUCGAUCGUCUCGUUCUGUUUUCGCCCGACAAAGUGGAUAUUCCUGAGCGUUACGUCCCAGAUGAUGAAGAGGAAUUGUCUCCCGAGGAACUCGAUCGAAGGGAGAGGAAAGUGGAAAGAAUCAGGAAGUUGUUAUCUGCACAAAGCUUACAAGAUUGGACCAAAGUUGGCGUCGAGGAUAACACGCGUUCCCUCCACGAUACUGUGUCGGACGAGAAGAAACGUCGCGAGGUGGUUCUGGAGAUGCGAGAGAAGUUGGCCCGUCAGGUCACACUGCGGAGCAAGCAAGUCGCAGCCAUCGGAUGGGGAGCUGAGGCCAACAAGAAACAGAGAAGAAAGACGUGGUCUGGUGGUAACGCCAGGAGCUGGGAGGAUGUUGUGGGGUGAAGCUGGACGGCUGACUGGUCUGGGUGGAGGCAGAGUACCUAACAGAUAAUGAAUGGCUGCUUGUUGGAAUUGGACAUCCUAAAAUUGUUACGAAGCUAUCAUUUUGAAUUCAGCCUUCUGAGAAUGCCAAGUUCAUCAGCUUGUGGUCGGCAAGCGUAUGCAAGGAUUGUAUUUCUUUCACUUGUGUUGUGUUGGAAAGGACUGUUACUAUUCUAUACAAUGGGGCGCUGAUCAAGUGUUGUGGUGGGAAGUACUGCUGGACUAUCCAGUGUUGUGUUAGGAAGGACUGGUGGACUAUCCAGUGUUGUGUUAGGAAGGACUGGUGGACUAUCCAGUGUUGUGUUAGGAAGGACUGCUGGACUAUCCAGUGUUGUGUUAGGAAGGACUGGUGGACUAUCCAGUGUUGUGUUAGGAAGGACUGGUGGACUAUCCAGUGUUGUGUUAGCAAGGACUGGUGGACUAUCCAGUGUUGUGUUAGGAAGGACUGGUGGACUAUCCAGUGUUGUGUUAGGAAGGACUGGUGGACUAUCCAGUGUUGUGUUAGGAAGGACUGCUGGACUAUCCAGUGUUGUGUUAGGAAGGACUGGUGGACUAUCCAGUGUUGUGUUAGGAAGGACUGGUGGACUAUCCAGUGUUGUGUUAGGAAGGACUGGUGGACUAUCCAGUGUUGUGUUAGCAAGGACUGGUGGACUAUCCAGUGUUGUGUUAGGAAGGACUGCUGGACUAUCCAGUGUUGUGUUAGGAAGGACUGGUGGACUAUCCAGUGUUGUGUUAGGAAGGACUGGUGGACUAUCCAGUGUUGUGUUAGCAAGGACUGGUGGACUAUCCAGUGUUGUGUUAGGAAGGACUGCUGGACUAUCCAGUGUUGUGUUAGGAAGGACUGGUGGACUAUCCAGGGUUGUGUUAGCAAGGACUGGUGGACUAUCCAGUGUUGUGUUAGGAAGGACUGCUGGACUAUCCAGUGUUGUGUUAGGAAGGACUGGUGGACUAUCCAGGGUUGUGUUAGCAAGGACUGGUGGACUAUCCAUUGUUGUGUUAGGAAGUACUGGUGGACUAUCCAGUGUUGUGUCAGCAAGGACUGCUGGACUAUCCAGUGUUGUGUCAGUAAGGACUGCUGGACUAUCCAGUGUUGUAUUAGGAAGGACUGCUGGACUAUCCAGGGUUGUGUUAGCAAGGACUGCUGGACUAUCCAGUGUUGUAUUAGCAAGGACUGCUGGACUAUCCAGUGUUGUGUUAGCAAGUACUGGUGGACUAUCCAGUGUUGUGUUAGCAAGUACUGGUGGACAAUCCAGUGUUGUGUUAGUCUGAACAUGUGAUGCAAUGUUAACUCAUCAGUACAGCAUUGUGUUAGGUUUGACCAAGGAAGAUUGGCUGAUUUUUUGUGAUAGUCGACUCAAUAAUAUAGACUAUAUAUGGGUAGGAACCGUAACUAUUCCUCAGAAAUUUUAUCGGUAUCUCUAUGAAAUAGGAAAUUGACUGGAAUGUGAAGUCACAUAAGUGGUAAUAGCAAAAAUAUCAAACUAAAUAAAUGAAUAUUGUGAAGUUCUGGGUAUAAUCCGAGGUGGUGAAAUAGUGCGAUGAAUUGUGAUGAAAUUUUCCUAAUAUGCGUGAUACUCCAAAGGUGAAAUUAAUUGAAUACUACUUUGAUAUGUACAGGCGAAUCUACUUGUCGAUUUCUGUGUAGUUUUGUCCAUUCCUUUAGAGCUAGUAAUAGGGUAAGUCUGUCAAAUUAGUGUAAGCAGCUGGCAGUUGCUGCUGGUAAACGUGAUAGCCAAAUAUAUAAGCGAGCCUUGUAUAUUUUUUAUAAUAGAGUAGGCUGAAUACAAAUGCUAUACAAUUUAGAAGACACUGAAUAUAAGUGCUAUACAUUAUAGAAGAUGAUGAAUACAAAGCUAUACAUGAUAAAGGACGACGAAUACAUAACGUCUUGUUGCUUCAACCAAUCAAAUCUUAUAAGAUAUAAGCAAUAAUGAUAGGGAUCUUAUAAGCGUGCACAAGUUGUGAAUUCCAGACUGUACUAUGCAUUUUGCACUACGAUUCUGUACAUAGGCAAUUAUAUUAUCUGUAAAUAGCGUUAAGUUUUAUACGCUUUUUAACUCUGCUCCUAGGUCAUCACUUGUAGUGAUAGUUUUAUCAAUUUUAUGAUGAGUCAGUAGUGGGGUGUGACCGCUGUUGGGUUCUGGGGUGUAUUUGACAUUUUAGGCCUGGGGUCCCCUUGCACCCUUGCUAUAUAUGGCCCUCGGGUUGGUCAUUUAAGAUCAAGGUCAGACGACCGAUCCAAAAAUAUGCAUGACAAAGGGAUCUCUCAUCUGUGGAAAAAGAUCAGUAACCAGUUGGUGGAUCGGUUUUCCUAUAAAAAAACCUUUUUUCCCGAUUUGUGAAUCUGGGUUAUUUGUGAAAUACAUGACAAUUUCGCAGUUUCCCAUACCGAAGUUUUAAAUUUGUACAUAUCUUUUGUAACUGGUAGUGUCUUAGUCCUGUCUAUUUAUUCAUAUCCUGAUUGAAGAUUGCAUAUCAUCAAAUUUGUGCCAUCUUAAUUUUGUGAAAGGUUGUAGCCGAAAUAGUUCUUCAGUGUGCGGCAUUGAAUACUGGAUGAAGCUUAUCACAUGUACUGUAUAUUCAGAAAAUUAAAGCUAGACAAAAGACACUACGUUAAGGAUUACUGUCAAAUCAGUCGGGAACUGUCAGGUCUCUUGAGACACCUCCAUCACAUUUGUGAAUGUAGAUAUACCAUAUUUCCACCUCAAAGCAAUUACAAUGUAGUUCCCAUGUGGUACUCUGACAGUUCCUGACUGAUUUUACUAUAAUCACUUGUAUUAUUCAGCGAUGUAAGUCAUUAAAAAUUCUUACACCAGAUUUCCACCACAAAGCAACUUGUUCCCUUGUCGAACUGUGACUGUUCUUGACUGAUUUUACAGUUAUCUCUUACACCACUGGUUGAUUCUCUAGUAUUAAACUUGUUAAAUGCCAAUGAUGUUUCCAGUAUGUUCAUGUUGGUAAACCUCUGUUACUGUAAAAUCAGACAAGAGCUGUUUACUCAACGAGGAGAAAUGGUGCCUUGUGAUGGGAUAUGUGUUUCCAAGUUGCUGGUCAUCCAAUUUAUAGGGCCUACUAGAGUUGGCCUCAUCAUAAGACUAGUGGUAUAUGAUCUGGUCUUAUAUGGGAAUGUUCAACUCCGAGACCACAGAAUCUUUCUAGGUUCAACAGCUACUGACAGAUUUUACAGUAAAAUUAAUGUAACUUUGGAAAGAUGUUCUUGAUGAGGUAAACGGGGAAAAGCCACCCCUGGCUAUACCUUUCACUGUGAUGUUAUCUUAACUUUUGAGGGUACAAUUAAUAGAAAACAAAAGUAGGAGCUAGCUUGCCCCCUUUACCUUACCAUGGUAUAAAUAAUUGAUAAUUUUGUAGUGUUAUUGUCAAUUGCGGUAUGAACAAUAAUGGCCCAGGGCGGCCAAUAGAAUCCAUAUGCCGUCCAGUAAAGUGUAAAUAGAAAUUCAUAUCAGUAUUGGAUAAUUCAGGAACAUUUUAUACUGUGCUUUAAUACAAUUUCAUGAUAUUUCUCAACUUUCAAAUUAAGAUAAUGAAAGAUUCAUUUUAUUUCAA